UUUAGUUGCGGUUAAUAUGAAAGAGUUGGAGAUCGCUUUAAUAUUCCAAAAAGCAGCGGACACACCCAAUGCAACCAAACAAGCAAAUACAUCGGCAAUAUUUCAAAAUCAUUCUGGUUUAAGUGGUGUAAUUGGUGCUAUAAAUGGAUGGAUGGAUGCUAAAUCCCUAUCAAGCAACCCACAGGGAAUGCUCAAGACUACUAUAAUAGAAAACAAUUUAAUUCCAUUAUACUACAAAGAGUUUCUGAUGCUUCUGGACAGUUCUUUGAUGACUUCAUGGUGUUGUUGUUGCGGUUCGCUGACUCCGCUUAAGGACAGUGUAAAGACCUGGCUGUCGCGGGUAAUAAUGGAUUUUAGUCGCCUAUUACGGCGGCAUGCCUUACCGCGGGUAAAUUCUUGAACCCCUAAUCCGCAGGUGGUCUGUACGUCGUCUUGUCCAGCGGUUGUUGCAUAUAUUGCUGGAUGGUUUCCUUCAUGUGAAAUGCUGCCUUUCUGAUGUCCCUAGGUGAAUGUUCAGCUGCAAUAAGGUGCAGAGAAGCAGAGAUACACUCUAAAAAGCAUAAGCGUCCUGCUCAACAUGUUCCUCCAAUGGCAGGAAUCGCAAACGAUGUAUGAAAUAAUUGGUGUGACAAUAAGCAUAAAAACUGCUUUAAAAAAUAUUAUUAUGUAAUUAGCUUAUAGACGUC